AUGCACAAGCUCAAGAGCAAGGUUGACCACGAGGUCGACCACCUAGAAGAGGCCUUCCGAGGAUCGCACCUCCACCACGCCAAAGCCGAGGCGUCACACCUGAAAAACAAGGUUGGGAAGUUCUUCAACAUCGUCAACCGCAACCACCGCCACGACGAGGAACACGAGCAGGAGACGGAUCGUAAAAGAUCUGAGAUCGCCGACUCGCACCGCUUCAAGUCAUUUGCGCCUAUCCGCGAGGGCAACCGCAUUAAGUGGUACGUCGAUGGGGUAGACUACCUCUGGGCCGUCUCCGAGGCCCUGGAAAAGGCGACCGAGACCAUCUAUAUUGAAGAUUGGUGGCUCUCCCCGGAACUCUUCCUGCGUCGGCCGCCUGUCAACCACCAGAAAUGGCGUUUGGAUCACAUUCUGAAGCGUCGCGCUGAGGCCGGCGUCAAAAUUUAUGUCAUUGUCGGUCAAGCCCUGACGUGUAAUUCCGCCCACACCAAGCAUGCAUUGCAAAGCCUUUGCCCAGAGGGAACACCUGGACACGGCAAUAUCCGAGUGUUGCGCCAUCCGGACCACAAUGUUUUUGAGAAUGCAGCCGACAUGACACUCUACUGGGCUCACCACGAGAAAUUCAUUGUCAUUGACUAUAACCUGGCCUUCAUCGGAGGCAUUGACCUCUGCUUCGGACGGUGGGAUGCCAACCAGCACCCACUGGCAGACGUCCACCCAGCCGGCCUGCGGGACGACAUCUUCCCCGGACAGGACUUCAACAACAACCGGAUCAUGGACUUCCAGAGUGUUGAAGACUGGCAGAGCAAUGAGCUGAGCAAGGUUGACUUUGGCCGCAUGCCGUGGCACGACGUGGCCAUGGGACUGGUAGGUGACUGUGUUUAUGACAUUGCGGAACACUUCGUCCUGCGGUGGAACUUCAUCAAGCGGGACAAGUACAAGCGCGGCCAUGAUGUCGACUGGCUUCUGAUGGAGGGCCGCACCGGCGACAAUGAAGAUAUCAUUGCCGUGCAACGACCCAAGUAUCCUUGCGGCGAGUACAUCCAGCACCCGCUCACGCCUCUGUCGACCAAGGCCCGGGGAAAGCAGGGUACUGUGCGUGCUCAGAUUGUGCGCAGCAGUGAUGAUUGGAGCAGCGGUAUUCUCAAUGAGCAUAGUAUUCAGAAUGCCUACUGCGAGACCAUCCGCAAUGCCCAGCACUUUGUUUACAUUGAGAACCAGUUCUUCAUCACCGCCACGGGUGAGCAGCAACGGCCUAUCUUCAACACUAUCGGCCGGGCCAUCGUCGAAGCCUGUGUUCGUGCCGGCAAAGAAGGCCGCAAGUUCCGGGUCGUCAUUGUCAUUCCCGCCAUCCCCGGCUUUGCGGGUGACCUGCGGGACUCUGCGGCGACGGGCACACGAGCGAUCAUGGACUACCAGUACAAAUCGAUCUGCCGCGGCGAAAACUCGAUUUACGGGCAGAUUGAGAAGGAAGGAAUCGACCCAAAGCAACACAUCUUCGUGUUCGCCCUGCGCGCGUACGACCGUAUCAACAAGACUCCUGCGCUCCAAGAGCUGGAAAAGAAAGCCGGCGUCAACUACCAAGAUAUCCAGCGCGGUAUCGCCGAGUCGAUGAUGAGCGAGAGCGUGCAUCCGUCCGUCGGUAACGAGGGCGACAUGAACGAGAAGAGCUACGACUUUGACAAAAGCCAAAAGGAGGAGAAAGUGCAGAAGCUCGAGAAGUUCGAGGAGCAGGUGGAGCAGGGCCGGGUGGAACAAGGCGAUGCCAGUCGGGACUCGGUGGCACAUGUGACCAUGCUGAAUGGAGGCAAGAUGGUCGACGAGCCCUGGGAGGGUGAUCCCGAAGCCGAGAAGGCCAACUUCGUCCAGGAGGAGCUGUACGUGCACGGCAAGGUGUGUAUCGUGGAUGACCGGACUGUCAUCUGCGGUAGUGCCAACAUCAACGACCGCUCCCAACUCGGCUCCCACGAUAGCGAACUCGCCAUCGUCAUGGAAGACCAAGACUUCAUCGACAGCACAAUGGACGGCCAGCCCUACCGCGCGGCCCGGCUUGCAGCCACGCUCCGCCGCCAGCUCUGGCGCGAGCAUCUAGGCCUCCUCCCAGCACAAGACUACGACGCCAGCAACUCCGCGAACGCGCGGUCUCCCGAUGUAUGCCUAAACGAGAUCCUCGAAGGGGCCGAGAACGACUUCGUGACGGACCCGCUGAGCGAUUCGGUGUGGGAUACCUGGACAAACCAAGCCACCACCAACACAGACAUGUACAGACUGCUCUUCCGCGCCGAUCCCGACGAUAACAUCAAGACCUUCGAGGACUACGAUCGGUUCCGCGGCGCACGUGGGUCACACAAGGAGGGCCAUCUGUUCGAUCCGUACAUGCCUGUCCAGGACGUGCGCGAGAAGCUCGAUCGCAUUAAGGGCCAUCUUGUUUGGUUGCCGCUGCAGUUCCUUCAGGAUGCAGAGAUGGCGGAGCCUGGGUUGGCAGUGAACCAGAUCACGGAGAGUAUCUACACGUAA